GAUACAGGAAAUACGGUAACAGCGAAACCAGGAGGAAGCCAGCCCCGUGCCUAGAGGGGAUCCGCCAUCUCACAUCUCUCGGCCUUGCCAGGGCCCACCAGAGAAAACUGACGCUCUGGUCCUGUCAUACCUAUGGGGGACCAACCUUAUGCCUCCGGGAGAUCCACGCUCCCUCCAGGAAAUACGCGGGAACCCAAGCCUCCAAAAAAGCGCUGUCUCCUGGCUCCGCGGUGGGAUUAUCCAGAAGGGACUCCCAGUGGAGGUAGUACCACUCUCCCCUCGGCGCCUCCUCCUGCAUCUGCUGGACUGAAGUCUCACCCUCCUCCUCCGGAGAAGUAGUGAAAUAGAUUUUUUUUUCCCCAGCCUAAAUCAGGUAUUCAGGAACCAUGGAGGAUGGACCAAGUCAAUGCCUGUUAGAGAUCAAGAGCCAUCAAAGAGGAAAGGGGAACUUUGGGUGGGCCUUAAAGGUCUUUGAGGGAUUGCAGUAUGACUCCAUUUUCUUGGUGCAUUUGUAAAAUAGUUCAUUCAUUGAAGACCAUGAAGAUUCUUUCCAAUGCAACCCUGCUUUUGCUGGUGUACUGCACCACCUGGAAGUCGUGAUGCUAAAGUAUUAUGAUGUAAUGACAGAUUUCACCUCCAGAAUUUGGAUGAAUCUAGGACAUGGGCAAGAUCAGGUUGUAUACUUCUAGGACUGAAGGCCAUGGUGUGUAUGUAUAUCAUGGUAAACUCACCAAAGCAAGUAAUGCCCUUGAGAUUGUCCUGCAGAAGCCAAUCAUUGCUUUUUUUUGUUGAUACCCAGUCUUUGUUGUAUUACAUUAAAAUUGCAUAAAUCUGU